UUGUAAAAUUUUAAAUUAUCGCUAUCCAUGCAGUUCGAGGUUCGACUAGUCGAUUUGUUUAACUCGAACAUCAAAUCGAAUAGCCAGCGAGAUUGUUUGAGUUUAUACAUGCACUCCAAGUGCAUGUGGCAUGUGCAUGUGCUAUUUGCUUUGCUGCCUACGUAUAUGCCUAUACAUGACAUAAGUGUACAAAAACAAGAAUAAAAAUUUAAGUCGGUAAAGGAAAGGCUUCCACAGUCGAUGCAUGUUGGUUUUAGCUACAGGUUAUUUAUACACUGCAGGAAAAAAAGCCUAGGCGAAGAACAGAGUUUGGUUCGAAGUAACCCAGUAGCCAACCAACAGGUCACAAGUUGACAAUAGAAGGAAAACAUGGCUACACACUCGAGACACGAAACAAACAAAGUUUGCUGCUAUUCACAUCCAGAAGCUCCAUUAAUUGAAGAUUACAGAGCUGGAGAUCAAAUUUGUUCGGAAUGUGGUCUCGUUGUAGGGGACAGAGUCAUAGACGUAGGAUCAGAGUGGAGAACAUUUAGUAAUGAAAAGGCUGGUGUGGAUCCAUCUCGUGUUGGUGGUCCUGAAAAUCCUUUGUUAAAUGGCUCAGAUUUAUGUACAAUAAUAGGACCUGGUACUGGAGCUGCCUCUUUUGACAGUUUUGGAGUUGCAAAAUAUCAAAAUCGUAGAACUAUGAGUAGUUCAGACAGAACUUUGACAAAUGCCUUUCGUGAAAUUAACGCAAUGGCAGAUCGCAUCAAUCUUCCAAGAACCAUUGUUGAUAGGGCAAACAAUCUUUUCAAGAAAGUGCAUGAUGGAAAGAAUUUAAAGGGACGUGCAAAUGACGCUAUUGCCUCAGCUUGUUUAUACAUUGCAUGCCGUCAAGAAGGGGUGCCACGUACAUUUAAGGAAAUCUGUGCGGUCAGUAAAAUUAGCAAGAAAGAAAUUGGAAGGUGUUUUAAACUCAUUCUCAAAGCUCUCGAAACUAGCGUUGAUCUCAUCACCACUGGUGAUUUCAUGUCGAGAUUUUGUUCAAAUUUGGGCCUACCAAAUAUGGUACAGAAAGCAGCAACUCACAUUGCCAGAAAGGCUGUUGAAUUAGACAUUGUACCUGGCAGAUCGCCCAUUUCUGUAACCGCCGCAGCUAUUUACAUGGCUUCACAGGCUUCUGAAGACAAAAGAUCACAAAAAGAAAUUGGUGACAUUGCUGGUGUUGCAGAUGUUACAAUAAGACAAUCUUAUAAAUUAAUGUUUCCACAUGCCGUCAAUCUUUUCCCCGAGGAUUUCAAAUUUGCUACUCCAAUAGACCAACUGCCGCAAAUGUAGUAGUGAUAUUUUCGUUUCAAUUUUUUUUUUUUUUUCUUUUAAUUUUUUAAAUAGGUAUUACCAAAAAAACUUUAACUAUAAAAAAAUCAUGAUCACUUUUACUUGUUUGAAAAAUAAGUUAUUAUUGUACUUUUAAGUAACCCUCAUAGGAAUAGGGACCUUCCGUUUAUUUCAUUCGAUUUAGUG